UCUUUGACCUCGAGUAUGAGGUGCCUGGAUGCACCAACUCUUCUCUUGUCUUAUCCGUUGGCAAGUUUGGAAGCCCCCCGUUCCGGCUUCUAACUCUCCUCACAGACACAACCGAUAGUACCAGCAGUUUGGCUCACACCGUCAAAAGAUGGCGACCAAGACGGACUCCGUCGCCGAGGGCCACCCGCCGGGAAACUCCCACGCCGACAUCGAGAAGCAACAGGCGCUACACCAGGAGCACUCCCAUGUCUUGGACGACGAGAAGAGGCCUGCCGCGGCAGCGGUCGACUACUCCGGCGCUGCGGCCAAGACGGAUCCCGAGGAGAUCAGACUCGUGAGGAAGCUGGACCUCUGGAUCAUGCCAACUCUGUGGGUCAUGUACUGGUUAAACUAUCUCGACCGCAACGCCAUCGCCCUCGCCCGUCUCAACGGACUCGAGGAGCAGCUCGGCCUCACCAGCGUCGAGUACUCGACCUGCGUCUCCAUCCUCUUCGUCGGCUACAUCCUCGGCCAGAUCCCCAGUAACAUGAUCCUCACCCGCGUCCGGCCCUCCUGGUACAUGGGCGGCUUCAUGGCCGCCUGGGCCGUCGUCAGCGCCCUCACCGCCGUCGUCCACGACUACACCGGCCUCGUCCUCGCCCGCUUCUUCCUCGGCGUCGUCGAGGCCCCCUACUACCCGGGCGCCCUCUACAUCCUCUCCAUCUUCUACACCCGCAAGGAGCUCGCCACCCGCAUCAGCGUGCUGUACUCGGGCAACAUCCUCGCCACCGCCUUCGCCGGCCUCAUCGCCGCCGGCGUCUUCCACGGGCUCGAGGGCGUCUCCGGCCUCGCCGGCUGGCGCUGGCUGUUCGUGCUGCAAGGCGCCGUCACCUUCGCCGUCGCCCUCGUCGCGUGCUACACCCUCCCCGACGAGCCCUUGACGACGCGCUGGCUGAGCGAGGCGGAGCGGCGCCUUGCGCACGCCCGCAUCGCGCGCGAUACGGUCGGCGGGCGGCCCCCGAACAGCAGCGGUAGCAGCGGUAGCAGCACGUGGGCCGGGCUGCGCGAGGCCGUCGUCGACCCGCGCGUGUGGGUGUUCGUCUACAUGCAGCACAUGCACCUGGCGACCAACGGCUUCAAGAACUUCUUCCCGACCAUCGUCGAGACGCUGGGCUUCGGCACGACCGUCACGCUCGUCCUGACGUGCCCGCCGUACCUCAUCGCCGGCGGGUUGUCGAUCGCGUGGGCGUGGAGCUCCGGGCGGUACAACGAGCGGACGUGGCACAUCACCAUCGCCAAAGCCGUCGCACUGUUCGGGUUCGUGCUGGCCUGCGCGACGAUGAACACGGGGGCGAGGUAUUUCGCCAUGGUCGUCUUUACGAUCGGGACGUACGGCGUGAACUCGAUCCUCCUCGGCUGGGUUGGCAGUACAUGCGGACAGACGAAGGAGAAGAAGGCCUCGGCUCUGGCCGUCGUCAACACGAGCGCCAGCCUCAGCUUUAUUUGGACCCCUUACUUGUGGCCCAAGUCGGACGCGCCAAGAUACGUGAUCCCGAUGGCAAGCAGCGCAGCUUUCUGCGUCGCGUGCGCGGCCGGCGCGUGGCUGAUGCGGUGGAUGCUGGUGAGGGAGAACAGGCGGAUCCGGCGGAGCGACCAGGAGGCGACGUUGUUUUAUGCGUAUUAGUUGGGGCGUGUUCCACGGACGUCUUAAAGGGGUUUUUUCUUGUUGUCAUUUGUUUAGUAGUCCGAUGGUAUCCGAAUCAAUGGAGCCCGUUCUGUACAUAUCUGGCGUUGCGUCCGGUGCCCGGUCCCGGUUGGCGGCCCGGCGUCGGAGCAAUGGCCCCACUUUUCCGGUCUCAGCUCGGUCCCCUCCCAAUGUCGCCCCCGCCCCCCUUCUUGAUGGGUAGACUUGUGAUUUUUGACAGAUGUUAGGCGCCAGAGUAAACAACGUAUGAUUAUGUAGAAUAAAAGCAUGUCUACUCCAUGUUGUCAACUGUGAUUCGUGAUUACAAUACCCUGAUACCGAAACAAGUUUCAACUUGCACAAUCAUUGGAAAUGCUAGUGUUCUACAAUACCAAGGUUUGGACUCUUGGAAUGCACAUCUAUGCCAAAAACCUCGAGCGAACGGCUUGACCAAAAGUAUCCAAUAUCAAAUCCUCUCUUCUUGUUAGCUUUGAGAUGCCGACAGAGUCGGCCCUUGUGGUGGCUAAACUUCCCCCGGCUUACGGAAGUCUUUUGAAAACUGCAAUCCCGCUAAAUUUCUCAAACGAUCUUCCCAUCGGAAAUAAGCAGAGCCAGUAUCGAACAAUCAAGCUCUGCGGAUAAUCUCAGUUGUGCCGUUAAUCUGCCGGUUCUGGGCGUUUGGUUGGCUUUCUUUCCGCUCUGCUCCUUGCACUGCCAGGAUUACUCCACUCCCUCCAACCCAGAAUCCUGUCCGCGAUCCAUCAAAAAGCAGCAGCUCAUUCGAACGAAUUCGAAGAAGAGUCUUCUUUCUCAAGUUCGUACCGACCAUCGGGCAGAAUAAUAACAAGAUAGUAUGAGGGGGGUUGCUCAAUUACCAAGCCCGACGAGUUUCCCGAGAAUUGUUAUGCGCCUAUGGACAUGGAGGGGGGGGUUCCUUUCCAGGAUAGACGAACAGCGCAUACGGAACGAGCAACAUCCGAAGGAGGCUUUUCUCCCGCUCCACACAACCAAUAUGAGCCAAUCCUUCGCAUCCGCUUCUCGUCGCUGCUGAUCAACCAAGGAUGCCCAGCCAGUACCUGUCAGCGCCCUUCCUCACCUUGGGCGCGUUACCAUCAACGGGCUCCUCCUCCUCGUCCGCACGCUUGUUGCAGCUCUGCCCGCGCAGCAAGAGCACCUCGGACUCUGUGCCUGGGACGCCGUCGGUCCUGCCUGACUCGGGUCUAGUCCUGAUAUUUGCGGGCGCCGGGCUGGGUCUUGCUGUUGAUACCCUGCCUUCGUGUCUUCCCUUGCGACACCCUGCCAAGUCCCCGUCGCGGUCGCAGCAGGUCCAUCUGAACCCUUCGGGACAGUCCGCCGGACCUCGGUGCUGUCUCUUUGGUAGAACAGGCCGCGGUCGUUAAAGUCGUCGAUCUCCUCCCAGAACCCGAGGCUUUUGUCAAGUUCGAACGUCCCUACUGCUAUGGGUUAGACGCUUGGCUUUGGCCAAUUACCAAAUACUCAAAAGGGAGUCCGGGGCUCCCCGCGAGUGGGGAUUAAGGCACCCCAUCUCACCUGUGGCAACAGCACGCCUCGGCAGAGUCAUUAUCAUGGUCGAACUUCAGGUUGCACCGCACGCAGACGUCCGUCUUUGACAUGCUCCCACAAACGCCCAAAGCCGCGCCCCGGACGCGUUCAUCGCCGUCGUAGCGGACGAGCAGCACCCUCCGAGCAUCCGCCUCCGAUAUCCGCCCGAUGGUGUCCAGGUCCCGGUUCCGACGUGCGGCCUGGACGGCGCCACGUCCCACGGCGUGCUCAGCUAUGUUUCUUCCAUCUCUGCUGGUAUAUGUCUUUUUUUCCCCGGGCGCCGGGGUCGCAAGGUGAACAGGAAAGCCUGCGACAGGGGGUGGGGAAAACAACGGUCUACCGCGAUGCCGGAAACCACUUGACGUUUUUCUCGCGUCUGGGAACACAGGGCCAAGAAGAGCAGACUCUUCGGCGUGUGGAAUCAAUACCAAUACCAAGGAUUAGAUUUCAACAGAAACCGAACAUCUUCCUCGACUCCGACGGUCGAUCAUCAUCGAUACCAUAGACGCCUGCUAGUCCCCACCUAGAGA